UAGCGACUGAAACCGUAGAUGAUGCUACCUCAUUUGCGGUUUCAUCACCUUGUUUUCAGUUUCCUAAUUGGUGAUAAAACAUGCCUUCAGUUUCGUCUUCUCAUCUGCAGUUUCAUCACCUUGUCUUCGGUUUUAUAUUCGACUAUAAAAAAAACCAAUGAAUGAUGAACAAAAAAACAUGAACGAAACUGAAGACGGGUGCAGAGGUGACGGCAAAUGAGGUAGAGUCAUCUAUGAUUUCAACUAAAAAAAUGUUUUUUUUAUUUUUUUUUAUAGUGGAAGACAAAACAGAAGACGAAAUGACGAAAUAAAAGUCGAAAUGACGAAACCACAAAUAAAGAGGAGGAACUGAAAGCUUAUUUUGCUACCGAUGUCGAAAUUGAAAACGUAAAUGAGAUGACCAAACCGGAAAUAAAAUAGUCACAUCAAUAGUUUUAACUAUUAAAUAAAAAUUCUUAAAAAAAAAAAUUAAAUUACCUUUUACUUUUUAUACCUGCAAUUAUUUUUACCCACUAAAAAAUAGGAAACAAUUUAAUUUCCCUUAAAAAAAUUGAUUAAAUUUUGUAAUUAUCUCAACUAAAACCACUUCAAAAGCGAAGGGAAAGCGAAGGGUUUAUAAACUCUCAUGAUUGGUUUACGCUGCUGACUCCAAAACUUCGCCUCCAUCGCAGCCGUACUGGUUUACUUUUCGGUGUAAAGGCCAUCGACAUCGACAGACGACACAACACAGGCUGGCUUCCCCUUCCUCGUUGCUCUCGUUUUUCUACUUCUUUUACCCACAUCACAUCUAGUCUUCUAAUAUUGUCUUCGCUAAAUGAUUCUAUCUCCCAAUUCCCCAUUCUCUUGCGGGAUUAUGGAGCUAAUAAGAAUGCUUAAUGAUCUUUUCGUAUCUACAAGAAAAGACGCAGUGGGUGUAGAACGUGAUAGAUUAAGCAGCUUGCCAGAUAGACUAAUCCAUAAAAUCCUUUCUUUCAUUAACAUCAAAGAAGCUAUUAGCACUAGUCUACUGUCAUCUAGAUGGAGGUUUAUCUGGACUUCAAUGCCCUAUUUGAAUUUCGAGAAUCUCAAUAAUGAGCGCCACUUUUCCAAUUUUAUUUCUAAUGUUCUCUUACACCGUGAUAAUCAAGUAAACUAUUUAGUCAAUCUCGUGCUUGGGAGAACAGUUAGGGACGAUGAAUCUGUCACAAGAAUUCUCAGCUGCAAAUUCUCUCUCAGUCUCCAACAACUGAGUGUUACACGUUUUCCUGGAGGGAAUAUAGUUGAAUGCCCAUAUUCCUUGAUUGCGACACCAAAGUGGGACCUCCCAGCUUUAACGACUUUGCAUCUUCACCAAGUCGAACUGUCUGAUUAUGAUGAUAUCGGUCUUCUCUCUAAGUGCACCAACUUGAAGAACCUCUCCUUGAACAGGUGCAGAAUGAAAGAAACCAAAGUUUUAAAUAUCUUUCAUCCUCGACUUUAUGAUCUUACACUUGUAUCUACACCCCCUGAUAUGGCAUCAGAGGAGGUUGUGAAUGUGGUUGCACCUCAACUCAAGAAUCUCACAAUUAUAAGGUGCGAAGGGGAGCAUCUGAUUUCUGCACCUGGGCUUACCUCCUUGGUCAUAGAAGGUUUUCAACCUUGGCAGGUUUCUACACCAUCAGGCUUCCAUUCUUUGGAGAAGGUUGACCUCUUUAUGUACGAUCCACACAAAGCAGAUGCUCAUAGAAUAGUUUAUUUGCUUCAACAGCUCAAUAGUGUCAAGUUUCUUAUACUUAACUUGGGGAUUCUCAAGCGUCUCUUUUCACAAAGGAAGAGUCUAUCUUCAUCCAUGAAACUAGUCCCACAUAAAGCUUGUGCGUUUGCUAACACAAACAUUCUGAAGUUUACAAUAAAACCGGUAGUAAAGGUAUACUUGGAGGUGCAGGCACAAGAGAAAGUAAUUACGUGUACUGAAAUAAACGAGGAUGAUUGUGCCAUCUUCCCAAUGGUCUCAUGUGAGGAGAUUACAGUUAUGGAGAAUAUGGCAUCAGCACAAGUAUUUGUAAAACACUUGGGGAUAUUGCUAGAGGAGGUUAAACAAAAUAGAAAUAGCGACGAUUACAAGGCUCAGAGGGAUGUACAUAGCAAACCGUACGUUGAGAUGCAUUGGGCGUGGACAUUACAAUGGAACCUUGGGGCAAUUAUGGGAGUGUUUAAGCAUAAGAAAAUUAAAGCAAAAUUAGAUAAUUUUCUCAUGAUGGCACAAAUUACGAAAAAGUAUAUUAAUAGGCGUGAUUGCACGAAAUCCAUGAAUCACCCCAUUCAUGGAUGGUUGGACGAAAUGCGUGGAUUGUUUCAGCACACUCAAAACUUGAUAACUCAGUUGUCUGCAUCAAAGAAGGCUGUGAUGCUUCCAAUUUUUUUGAGUUUGUGCGAAGAUGCCGCAAUUCUCACAGUUAAUAUUUUGGGAUGGAUUAACACCAUAAAGUAAACCCAAGAGACCAAUGCACUUAAUUUUUAGCAUUAGUUUUUAUUUCGGUUUUGUACUGUUAUGCUACAAGUCAAGAUUCAUGGGUGAUUAUGCUCACUUAUUUUCAUGGAUGUUAGUUGAGAUUUUAAUUUAAACAUCAAGUAUUUAAAAUAAUAAAAAUAAGAGCAAAAUGUAGAAAUGGUAUUUGGUUCGUCA